GUUACUUGGCAUUCGGCUUCAGCAACUUUUCGCGACGCUAGCCCUGGGGAGCUGAACGAUGAUGUAUACGCUUUGAUGAGCUUUGAAAUCAUGGAUUUGAAAUCAACAUUGGCUCCAAUCCUGGCGUUAUAAAUACCUGCUCUAUGUUUCUCCAUCUUCAUCUUCAUCGCAUCUACCAGACAAACAACCAGGCUCUAGAGCAACUACUACACCAUGUCUUCCUACGCAAUCACAGGAGCCUCGCGCGGCAUCGGAUGGGCGUUCAUUUCCAUCCUGUCCAGCAACCCAAGCAACACCGUCAUCGCGCUUGUCCGCAACAAAGCCGCCACCGAUAAACGCGUCGCUGACGAACUUCCCGGCCGUACCAACAUCCACGUCCUCAAGGCCGACCUGGACAGCUACAGCGACUUGGAGACUGCGGCUGAAGAUACCUCGAAGAUCACCGGUGGAAGCCUCGACUAUCUGGUCGCCAACGCCGCACUGCUGACUCUCUACGACCAGUUCGACUCCCUCGGUGAUCUAGGCAAAGACCCAACCACGCUUGAACAGGAAAUGCUCGCAAACUUCAAAACCAACACCAUCGCCCAGAUCCACCUCUUCAACCUCUUCACCCCGCUGAUCCUCCGCGGCACAGCUAAGAAGGUCAUCGCCAUCUCUAGCGGACACGCAGACGUGGACCUCGUCACCAAGUUCAACGUCGCCACCGCCGGUGUAUACUCGAUCAGCAAAAUCGGGCUUAACAUGGCGGUCGCAAAGUUCAGCGCCCAGUAUAGCGCCGAUGGCGUGCUGUUUCUCAGUCUGUCGCCGGGAAUGGUGGAUACCGGAGGUUUUGCUCAGCUGACUGAUGAGCAGCGUGCUGGGCUGGGUGAAAUGGUGAAGAAGUUCCAGGAAUAUGCACCGACGUUUACCGCGCCGAUUAGCCCUGAGGAGUCGGUCAACGCUAUGCUUAAUGUUAUUGAGAAUGCCACUGUCGAGAAGGAUGCCGGGGCCUUCCUCUCUCACAAGGGUGACCGCAAUUGGCUGUAGUCUUGUAUCUAGACUGGCCUAAUCUGUUUAUC